AUGCCGAAGCGCUGGCGAACGAUCGGACUCGACUGCAGGGAUAGAAAGGACGCCGACGUUGACAGAAUGUUUGGGGUCACCCGUGAAAACAUUAUGGUGGCGGCAUACCCAAAAGCCACAGGGUCCGCAAAUACAACGUUGCGCCGUGAGCCUCCCGAGCUCGAUGCAGUCUGGGAACUCAUCUUGUACUGGAUUCAAAGUGCCUAUUCCCGGUCACGACCUGCAAUGGGAGGAUUUGGUCGGAUACCGAGGCGCGUGGUCUUGGUCGGCCUGAGCUGUUAG